AUGAUGGCAGACUAGAGACAACUUUAGCCAAUAAAUAGUUCACCCGAAAAUAUCCCAGACCACAUCUUGGAUGAGCUUAUCUGUAGAUUCAUGAUUCCUUCUUUUGGAGCUUUAAUGUUUUCAAAGCGAUUUGAGAAAAUCUUAUUCAGUAAUAUUUAUUCAAACUUUAUUGGUUUAGUUGUAUAUCAGAAUGAAAGAGAUGAAAAUGUAAAUAAGCUAGAUUUCCCAAAAGGGAAGGCUGAUGAAGGAGAGACUGAUGUUGAAUGUGCUAUCAGAGAAAUUAGUGAGGAAAUUCAGUUUAAUGUGAGGCCCUACAUAGAUGAGAACUAAUUUAUAAAGAUUGAAACAAUCAAGAAUAAAUUCGUUACUCUCUACCUUAUCUAGAACAUUGAUGAGCAUAACUCAAACAUAAAGCCUAUUAGAUCAGCUGAAGUUCAAAAAGUGGAAUGGAUUGACACCAAAUUUUAUCUUCAACAAAGUUUGAUAAGUGGGAUUGAAGAAUAAACAGGCUACAGUUGGGGCUUAGUUUAACCUUUUGCCUACUAUGUUGCUCACUUUAUAUUUGCAUAAUAGAUUGUCACUUCCUUAGAUUAAAGUAUCAGAUAUUAGAAAAUUCUUCCCUAUGAGCUUGAAUAAGAGCAAAAGUUUUAGAGCGUUCAAAAAAUACUUAGCAAAUUUAAUAAUUUCAAGAAGUUUUCGAGCUUUAAGAGAGACUGGAGAAAUUGCAAAUACUUCAUAGUUGGUCUUUACUAUCAUAUGGUACUCUAUAACUUUAAAAAAGCAAAAUCCAUAUACAAGCAAGCCAUUAGAAGAUCAGAAUGUCCAAAAGGAGCCUUUAAUAUGCUAAUUAGUAUUCAUAUUGCAGAAAAUUCAGAUCCAAAUGUUUUGAAGAAGAAAAUUGAUAAACUUUUGGAUAAACUAGGGAAUUAUAUGCAAUACGAUUAUGAAUUUCAAACCACUAUGGAAAGAGUCUAAAACUUAAUUAAUUAUAAAAAGUUUAAUAGGCCCCCAAAUGCAAAGCCUAAUCCUGAGGAAAAUAAGAAGAAGUUAGAAAUUAGUGAGGAUAAACCCCAGAUCUUAAUACUAAGCUUGAAAAACGUGCAGCAAAAGAUAAGAUACUAAGAGGAUGACUUUGAAUUGCUAAAGACAUUGAUUUCAGGAGGAUAAUACUUGAAGUUUGAUCCAUUUAUUCACCGCAUGAGAAUCGCAUAUGAGAGAGGGGAUAAAAAGAACAAUCACAUGAGCUUGUAGAAAUUUAAGUUUUAUUCAAAUACACUCAACAGAUAGGGCUACUUUAAUGAUGUUUUGCUGAUUGAAUGCUCCUGUGAAAAUGAGACUUACAAUUUGAAAGCAUACACUGAUAAUAAUUAAUCUUUUGUUGCCUCAAUGAAUGAAAUUAUAAUUGAUGGAUAGUAAAUGACAAACAAUGUGGUCUUGAAUUAAUUGGAUUUAAGUAAAAUCAAUAAGACACCCAAAGCUAAUCCAAUGCAGAAAUAAUUCGCUCUAUUUGCUACUCUGAUAUAUGGGAUACUAGAGCACAAGGAUAUUUAAAUUGCCUUUAAUGCUCUAAAAAAUCAUGUCGCAAAUAAAGAUACAAUUAAUAAAAUAGAAGCCAUUAAUGACAUCCUAGAUUAGUAAAAUAUUCAGAGUGAGAUCUAAGAAGAAAAUAAAGCUAUUGUUAAAGAUUUUUAAGAAAUUGAGAUUAAUUAAGAUAUUGUAGAGGAAAAAUCCCCAGUGCAACCAGUGAAAGUUAUUGAUUUUAAUCCUGAGGCUUUUGCAGAUUCAUUAUUAAGCAGCUUAAGAAAGAAGUUCGAUCCAAAAGCAUUUACGAGGAUUAAUUAUAAGGUAUCAGGUAAAUGA